UAAAAACGAGCGUCCGACCUCUUCGUCUUCCUUCCUCCCUGCUUUAUCUCCGAACUCCUCUUCACACAACCCCAUCACGACAAUUCAAGACUUCCAUGUCUUAUCUAAGCUCGGAUUAGGAGCUUAUGGAAGCGUUUAUCAAGUUAUACGUAAAGCAGACAAUCAUACGUACGCAAUUAAGCGCGUGAACCUAGAAGGGCUCGAUCAGCGAGACCUUGCCAUGGCCCUCAAUGAAAUCCGUCUUUUGUCCUCUUUCCGGCAUCCGCGGAUUAUCCGCUGCUAUGAAACUUUUCUUGACGGUCCUACACAUUUGUGCAUUGUCAUGGAGUACUGCGGAUUCCAGGACCUGGCCCGUAAGAUCCAGCGGUAUCGAGCAAGGGGCGAGAGGGUGGACGAGCGAGUGGUUUGGGUAUACUUGGUGCAGUGCUUGGAGGCACUGUCCGCGCUGCAUGCUCUCCGUGUCCUCCAUCGUGACAUUAAACCAGCGAAUAUAUUGCUCGAUAAGGAGGGGAAUGCCAAAUUGGGGGACCUUAACGUCUCCAAAUGCCUCGACGACGAGACAGGUGAGAUCCACGCCGUCUGGGGCACACUUCCCUACAUGGCGCCCGAAAUUUGGGAGGGAAAACCUUACGGCUUUGCAUCCGAUUUGUAUUCUCUUGGCUGCACACUUUUUGAGCUCACGAAGCUGGUGCCCCCCUUCGACGGUCCCACUCCCCUGCAUUUGCGCCGGGCGGUUUUGAAG